AUGGAUCUCUUGAGGGCUGUGAUUAUUGGAUCAGAAGGGACUCCUUACCACGAUAGUCUUUUCUUUUUCGAUGUUUUCUUCCCCAAUGGCUAUCCCAUUGAACCCCCGAAGUAUUUAAAAUCGUUUUCCUUUCUUGGGGUUCAAACAACUGAUUUAAGUCAUUUUAUUUUCAGAAUUUUGAAGAACUUGUUGUGGGGCAUUUCUACAGCCGAGCACAUGAUAUUCUGGCGUCAUUCAUGUCAAGCGUACGUGGAAGGUGUUCAAGUUGGUUGUUUUGUGAAAGGUGGGGUUCAAGAUGUUGAUAAGGGUGGACGAAAAUGCUCGGAUAAAUUUAAGGCUAGUUUACUUGGAUAA